UUCCUCCCCGACCCACCCUAAUUCUAAAAUUCUAUCCACACCCAGAACCAGAACCAGAACCAGAACCAGAGAGAAGCGCAGGGAGAAGGAGAGAGAGAGAAGCGCAGAGAGAGAGAGAGAGAGAGAGGUUGUGGUUUUGGGUGGUGUGGAUGGAGAGGGUUGCUUCUCCAUCCCCGUCUUCUCCCUGAAAUUUCCUCCCUCCCUCCCUCCCUCCCUCCCUCCUGUUCGUUUCGGGAUUUGUUGUAAUUUAUUAUUAUUUACGAUGAUGCCCGCCGCGACGCUGAAGCAUCUCUCUCUCCUCUCUCCUUCUCCCCUCCGUUCGUUCCCCCUAUCUCCUCUCUCCUUCUCUCUUCUUCUUCCUCAUACCUUCGCCCCCCUCCCCUCCCCUCCCUUCGCUCUGUUCCCGUCCCACCUCUUCAGCUUUCUCUCAUGUCCGCUUUUACGACGCCCCCUCCUCCCCCUGGGGUUUCCUCCUCCUCCUCCUCGGCCUGCUUUUGCUUUCGGGCCGACCGGGAACGCCCCCCGGAUUCCCCUGCUGCAGACGCCGACGGAGAUGAAGACGACGACGACGAUGAAGACGAAGGAGACUUGGCUUUCCAUGUCAGGGACGGCAGCAGCAACAGCACCUCUCCCUCCUCUGCCGUGCCCGACAAAUUGGACGUCCUCGGCCUUGGCCAAGCCAUGGUGGAUUUUUCGGGAAUGGUUGAUGACGCUUUCUUAGAGAGGUUAGGACUGCUAAAGGGUACCCGAAAGCUGGUCAACCACGAGGAGCGGGGCCGGGUGUUGCGCGCCAUGGAUGGCUGCAGUUACAAAGCUGCCGCCGGUGGCUCUCUCUCCAACAGCUUGGUCGCCCUCUCGAGGCUCUGCACUCGGCCCUUUGGAGGUCCUCCCCUGAACAUUGCUAUGGCUGGGAGCGUGGGCAGCGACCCUCUGGGUGGAUUUUACAGGGCAAAAUUGCGUCGUGCAAAUGUUAACUUUCUGUCUGCGCCUGUAAAUGAUGGGACAACAGGCACGGUGAUCGUUCUCACAACUCCCGAUGCGCAGCGUACUAUGCUUGCAUAUCAAGGCACAUCAUCCUCGGUUAACUAUGAUUCAUCUUUGGCUGGCAUGGUUUCCAAAACAGAUGUCUUCAUUGUUGAAGGUUAUUUAUUUGAAUUUCCUGAUACCAUCAAAACCAUAGUAAAAGCAUGUGAAGAAGCACGCAGGGGUGGUGCUUUAGUUGCCAUAACUGCCUCCGAUGUAUCGUGCAUCGAGAAUCACUAUGAUGAUUUCUGGGAAGUUGUUGGAGAGUAUGCAGAUAUCGUGUUUGCAAAUAGUGAAGAAGCUCGAGCUUUUUGUCACUUUUCCUCGAAGGAAAGUCCUGUCUCGGCUACGAGGUACCUGAGCCAUUUCGUCCCAUUAGUCUCGGUUACAGAUGGCCCACGGGGGUCUUAUUUCGGUGUGAAGGGAGAAGCAAUCUAUAUCCCUCCUUCGCCAUGCAUCCCAGUGGAUACUUGCGGAGCUGGGGACGCAUAUGCCUCGGGCGUUUUGUAUGGGAUUUUGCGGGGUGCAUCUGAUCUGAAAGGCGUUGGCGCCUUAGCUGCAAGGGUUGCAUCCACGGUCGUCGGGCAACAGGGCACCCGGCUUAGGGUCCAAGAUGCUGCUGAGCUGGCAGAGUCUUUUGCAUUUAACGUCGAGAAUUCUGGGAUCCUGUCAGAUGUUGCUUCUGAUCAUGUGUCGAGCUUGUAGCCUGGUGCUCAGCCCGUUUAAUUGAUGAUCUUUCCCAAUUUCAAUGGGAUCUGUCAUUGUGGAUAGCAAUGUAUUCAAGUGGAUUAGGACAUUCUUUUGAUUUAUAUAUAAGUGGAGUUUUUUUUCGUGUU